CUUUCUUUCGGUGUUUCCACUAGAUAGCAUAGCCACAAAGUCCAAAUGUGCUAUAUCGUAAAAAUGUAUGAAAAGAAAAUGUGCGUUUUGAUCUUAAUUUACGGUUAGGAAUAAGGUUAAAAAAUGGUUCAAUGUUAGGUUUAAAAUCACAUUUAAGAAUACAUUGUCGAAAUAGGCGGAGCAGGACUUUGUGGCUGGGGUAACAACCCUUGCAUUUUGAUGUAAAGAAUAUACUAAGCUUUUCUCAUUCAGUUGUGCUGUGUUUCAGGUUAUUUUAUUGUGAAAAACAGUAAACAAUGAAGAAAUUUUUCGAGGACAUAAAGAAAGAUAUAAAAUUCAAGUCAGCGGGGCCUGGAAAGAAACUCGCAGAAGGCGGCAGCUCCAAGCCCCGAGUGGUGCAGAACAGUGGCCCUGCCAAGCCCCGUCAUGCUGCUCCCACUGAAGGAGCUCAGAAGGCAGGGGCUGCAGCUCUGGCCAGGAUUGAGGGGCAGCCACGCCCACGGGCACAAACCUCACAGGAUGCCAUCCGGCUCCAGGUGAAAAGAGAGCUUGAGGCAGAAGCUGCAGCAGUAGCAGCGACCGAGAAGGAAAAGAUAACAGCUGUUGAGGGCUCUAGUGUUAAGGAUCCGGCAUUUCUCUCAGUAACAGGUGUGUAUUUCACCUGCCCGCUUACUGGAGCCACCUUAACUAAGAGCGAGAGAGAAGUGCACAUUAAAGAGGCCAUUUUCAUGCGGUUUGAAGAGGACGCAGUGGAGGCUUCCAUAAUGAUGGUUCAUACCUUCAACAAGGACAGGGAGAAAGUCAAGGCUGCAGUGGACAUCAUAAGCAAGUACAUUGAAAACAUCUGUAAGAACCCCACAGAGGAGAAGUACAGGAAGAUCAAACUCAGUAACAAGGUGUUCCAGAAGGUGAAGACUGUGGAGGGCAGUCGGGAGUUCUUGCAGGCUGUGGGCUUUCAGAGCAUCAUGCUGGAUGUGGAGGGACAGGAGGAGAGUGAAGAGUUCCUGGUGCUGAUGGAGCAUGACCCAGAGGCCCUGGAGGUGAUGAAGGAGAGUAUGGACCGGCUGCAAAGGGGAGAGCCAGUCAGAGCCCAGCUGGACCACCAGCCCCAGACCUUCAGACCCUCCCCCAACGCCAUGCGUUUCGAACUACCCCCAGAGUUCUACAACCUCACUGCAGAGGAGCUCAAGAGGGAGCAGCAGCAAAAGAGCGAGGCGGUGGAGAAGAACACCAUGCUGCGUACCAAAGCCAUGCGGGAGAGAGAGGAGCAGAGGGAGAGGAGGAAGUACAACUACACCCUGCUGAGAAUACGACUGCCUGAUGGAAACAUACUGCAGGUCAUUGGCAGCAGAGAACUGGAAGGAAAGGCGGCCAAAGGAGGUGUUGGCUUUGGAGAUGACCAGCGAGAUAUACCUGCUGGAGCGCGUGCUACGGGCACCUUCCUGGCCUGGGACAAGGUAUCUGUGCUCUUCCAGUUUGUGCGGGACUCCCUGGUGGACGGCUGGCAGCCCUUUGAGUUGGUGGCGCCAGGAGGACACAAACUCCGGGAGGCCCAAGAGUUGGCCCUGAAUGAAUGUAGCCUGGUCCCUGCGGUUCUGCUGACAUUUUCUUGGGAUGCCGCAGUGCAAGCGGACAUUUCUGCCGCUCUCCUCAAGCCAGUGCUACUGAAGAAUAUUCAAACCCUUGGCUGAACUGUCCCUGCAUCUCCACCUCCAUCCCUAAACCACAUUUCAAAGGCUGUAGAAAUACACAACUAAUCCUUUAAAGGAAACAUAAUGCCAAGCAGUGUUUUUUGUAUUGUACCUUGAAUGUAGGAUGAUCUGAAAUUGCUCCCGUACUCCUAGAGCUCAGCAUGGUAUGAGAUCCUGUUGCCAGUGUCACCCUUCUGCUCCGCAUCCUGCUUACACAACAAAUACUGACAUACAAUACUAGCUUUACAUAUGACCGAAUGGGUGGUGGUGACCAGACUGGUUGUCGAGUGCUAAGGUUUCAGUUGCUGUUCUUGUGAUCCAGACUAACUAGCUGUGGACCACAAUGUACAUUGGUUAAGCUAUUUUAUCUAAGAUUACUUGUAAUAUUCUAUUUGACCUCACUAACACUAAGGUUACAGCAGCAAGCUAUACCAGUACCUUAAAAGUGAAGGUUACUGGACAGAGCUCCUGAUGUUAGCUUUCUUUAUUGAAUGAGGGUUUUGUAAGUCAUUCAAUUGAGUCAUUUCCUAUUAUAUUUCAUUUCAGCAGCAUGGGAAUCUGAUUUUGGUUGGUUUGUACUGUAUGUAGUAACCAUUUUUUUUUUUGCUGCAGCUUAUCCCAGGUGAUGGCUGGAAUGACAACCUACCUCUCCUCACAGCUUCUGUGUGCGUUGAGGCGUAACCUCCAAUGUUUCAGUUCAGUCCAGACAUGAACAGCAGCGAUUAGCAAAUGUACUAAGAAAUAUUUUCCUAAACCUUGUUAAAGAAUAACUAGAAAAUGAAGGUCAUGCUCAGUCAUGUUUUGUUGCUUUUAAACCUGCCUGUAAUAAAGAUGAAUGUUGCAUCAAGA